AUGCUCGCGUCACAGCUGCAUCAUGGAACCUCAACACAAGUUCAACAAAUGGAGGCUUCACAUGGCCAGGCAGGUCAGAGAGCCAGCGCUGAAGAUCCGAGGUCAACGGGAAAUAUGUCUGAGCAUCCAUCUGAUCACACCAGAAUAUGGUCUGAGCUUUCAGGGAGGACAGAAGGUCAUACUCAGGUUAAGGGGUUAGGUUCUGAUGUGGAGGGGAUGAUUACCCGAGAUACUGUUGGAGAACUUCUCUCGGACAAUCCUAGGCUUAACGAAUGCUCUAUUGAGGGUGAGAGGUUGGGGCCUGAUUUGGCAUCUCCUUCAAAGUUUACUAAGCACACAGUUGAAGAUUUGCUGAAGGACGCUUCUAAGCUUAAGGCAAAAGGUUCAAUUGAGGAUAAAGAUGCUCUAAUUGAAAGGCUACUAGAAUAUGUCAAGUGGCAGUCCUCUGAGAACAAGAAGUUGGAGGAGGAUUUGGAUCAUUCGCUUGCUAAGGUUUUGAAGUUUGAUGAGGUUUUGAAGACUAAUCAGGCGGCUAUGGAGGAGAGAUUAAUCAUAGAAGGGUAUACAUGGUGGAACGGUCUGAAGGGAAGUGAUGAGGUGUUGGAAAGACUGGAUCGGGCAUUUGUGAAUAGAGGAUGGAAGGAUCGCUUCCCAAGAGCGAUGCUCGAAAAUUUGCCAAUCAUGAGAUCGGAUCAUGGACCAAUAUUGCUGGAGGCAAUCCCGCGUGUGCGGAGUAGGGGAAGGCGAAGAAGGUUUGAAAAUUUUUGGACUAGAUAUGAAGCUGUAAAGAAAAUCAUAAGAAGGAGCUGGAGACACAACAAUAUGUCACCGUUAGACCCUUAUGCAUCACUGCCUGGUAAUUUCUCAGGCUCUUUGGAGAUUGUAAUGAAACACCUGUCGAAUUGGCACGCACAAUCAUAUGGAGCCAUAGACGCCAGGGUGAGAGCUCUGAUAAAGAAACUGGAGAGCUACCAGUUGGAAGGAAAGAACGAUGCAAGACUGAAGGAAGAAUUGGAUGACCUGUUGGAAGACCAGCGGCAGUACUGGUAG